CACAACCUCCGAAUCUCUCCUACUGUGCUAGCUAUACUCUAGUCGCUUUUGCGCAGAUUUCAUAAAGCGGCAACCUCUCUGAUCGUAAAUAGGGCUUCUAUUGCUCCUCGAGGCGAUUUAGCGAAACAUAAAGAUUGGGUACUUGAGCACGCAGACUGUCCCAUUGUUCCUGGGUGAGUGGGUUAAAUAAUAUUUUUUAAUUUUUAAAAUAUAUAAAUAUAUAUUUUUGCCUCGUUGCAACGGAGUCUAUGAGCUUGCCGUUGCCCAACUUCGUAUCCCAGGCUCAUGGUUUUGGUUCCAUUCAUUUUCCUUCUUUGCUUUCACACUGCCCUAAUUCUUAUAUACCCCGUCAUUCUUUCUAUCCCGUUCUAACUAAACUCCCAAACGUUGACACUUGCACUUUUAGAUCACUCUCGCGACACCACACCGUCCGUUCCACUCACCAUCACCCAUCAUUAUUAUGGCUGCUGUACAUGGUCCUCUAGUACCUACCCAUCCUUCCCCGUUUCGGAAUGCCCAGAGUGUUCCCCAUUCGAGAAUGGGCUAUCAUCCCGCACCCUCGGCACCACCUAAACCUCAGUCCACUCAGCCUACGACGAGACACUCUGACCCUUUUUACGGCCACGAGCAGGUUGCCCGUUUAUGCGCUCGGUUCAUCACCCAUCUCUUUGCUUGUCCAGAGUACCCACCGUCCUCUUCUAAUUCACAAGUAAAGCUUCCCCAUUUCAUCGCGUAUGCACUUCAUCGUACCAAGCUUCACUCCUCCGUAACCUUCGCUGCUCUCGUAUUACUCCAGCGGCUCAAGGCGCGUUUUCCCACUGCUCGGGGUUCUUCCGGUCACCGUCUUUUCGUGUCUGCUUUCAUGCUCGCAUCAAAGGUCAUCUGUGACGACACUUACUCCAACAAAUCCUGGAGUAUUGUAGCGCAGGGCAUGUUUCAAUUGCGAGAAAUUAACCAGAUGGAGCGCGAGAUGUGUCAGUAUCUGGAGUGGGAACUUAAUGUGGAUCCGGUAACGCUGAGGGAGUUUGAGGACAUGGUCAAGAAGGACUUUGUAGGUCAAGGUCCCUAUCCGACUUACAUUCUCCCUUCCUCCUCAAAGACAACCCCUCCUCCUACCACAAAUCCCUUUCCACCUCCUCCAGCUGCUUUGGCGCCCACGCCUUCGUAUGGCCAUCGUUAUCCUUCGCCGCCAAAGCCCGCUUUCCCCCAAUCAAAUCCCUCCUACAUUACCCCGCCCACAACACCAGACACGCCGUCACCGUGUUAUUCAACAUCGACGUCUCCAGCGUCGACGGCGUCGCCCCCAACACCCCCGGGUAUGGAGGACUGUACCGCUCGUAUCGUAUCAGCUUCGUCAUCCCCAGGAAUCCCAAAACACGAGCCUGUUCCGGUACCACCACCAUCGAAGCACAAGAUGUUUGCGUUCGCUUCGCCGGCUGUCUGGUGAAGGGAGCUCAUUGAGUGCAUCGUGGUUUUUGUUGCAUUUUUUACUGCCACUACACUCACUUUUGCUCGUCUUGAUGACGCCGCUAACAUAUACACUUUCAUCGCUGUCGGUCACCAUCGGUCGCUCGCGGUGUUUUAUUUACCAGGACUAUCUAUACCCCGCAGCAUCAUUACUUGGCCCAGGGUUGUUCUGGGACCGUGCUUCACUUACUGCAUUAUCAUCAUAUGUUGUGUCAAUAGCGCAUUACAGUAUUUCAAUUGGCAUAUGUACAACUAUACUAAAGAAUCAAAAAUGCCACAAUCAGUCUGCAAUA